UGCCCCCGGAGACGGUGCUGUUCCCGAAGAACCUCAUGGAGCUGGAGGAUCCCAAUAUCCUGAUCCCAACAUCCUGAUCCCAUUCCCAUUCCCCCCAUUCCCAUUCCCAGUGCCCCCGGAGACGGCGCUGUUCCCGAAGAACGCCGUGGAGCUGGAGGAUCCCAACGUCCUCAUCUGCUACAUCACCAAGUUCUGGCCUCCCGUGGCUUCCAUCACCUGGUUCCGGAACGGGAACGUCGUGUCCGAGGGGGUCCUGGAGACGGUGUUUUAUCCCGGCCCCGACAACACCUUCCGGAAGUUUUCCUACCUCCCGUUCAUCCCGCGCCGGGGGGAGUACUACGACUGCAGGGUGGAGCACGAGGGGCUCCGGGAGCCAAGGAAGACGCACUGGGGUGAGGAAUUCCCACUGGGAAUGGG